GACAAUUCUGGGACGAGUCUGGGCAUUCGGCCUCAGACUUGUUACACUAGUCUGCAGUUUAAGAUUGAAAAUAUGGGUUUUCCCUAGCCCAGCGACCACUUCUCGGCACCACAUGACACUCUGCAGAACCUGUUGUGGUCGAUGGUUUUACGCACAACAAGGUUUCUUUUUCGAAGCUGUGCACUUGUAUUCAAUGUGGCGCAUUUCUGCCACUGUGCAGUCGCUUUGACCUGUUGUAGGCUUGGACAGUUUUAGGAGAGACGUCAGUGCUGGAAUCGUCUGUGAACGAUAGACAACAUCUGGCAAAACGACAUUGACGCUAUUGUUGGAACACGUAGCCUAUAGAAAUUAAAGGAAAAUCAAAACAAGAGACGAAAAUUGGAAGAACGAGAGAAUGUCAAGAAAAAAGUCAUUGGAGCCGUUGGAGAUACCUUCAUCACUUUUAUGACGGCUGAAGAAAUUGACUAGACAAGAAUAAUGAACGAAUGAACUAAAAUAAUAAGAAAAAAAUAAUCUGGGCAAGAAACUCCUGUUUGGGGCCACCGCUGAUCGGAUUGUCUGCCAUUUCAUGGAUAUCUGAGGAAAUAGUAGGCUAGCAUCUUUCACUUGACGGCAUGGCACUCAAGAAAUCAUUGGCCUUCAUCACAAUUAUCUGCUGUAUGAUAACAGGGGCAUUCAGUGAAAGUCCCACAUCUAAGCUCACAAACAAGGAAAACAUUCAACCCCUCCUUAGAGUGAAAAGAGCUGAUGUAAAUGAAUGUGAUCCAUGUGGCCUGAACUCCACCUGCUCCAACACCACCGGCAGCUACAACUGCUCUUGCUGGAAAGGAUACACCCCAAUCAACUCAUCUCUGCCUAUUAACGCCAGCAACCCAUGUGUUGAUAUAAAUGAAUGUGACUAUGAUCCAUGUGGUCCAAACUCCACCUGCUCCAACUUGGUUGGCAGCUACAGUUGCGCUUGCUGGAGAGGAUACAACCCAACAAACUCAUCUCUGCCUAUUAGCAGCAGCAACCCAUGCAUAGGUCCUGUUCAGUUGUACAAGUAUAGGUUUAAAAUUGAGAUGAGAACAGAAGAUGCUGACCAACUAAAGAUGGGGUUGUCUGAACUGGACCUUCCUGUCCCACUUGCAACAAGUGAACAAGUUGAGAUCACUGACAUCAAUGUCACGACAGUGUGUUCCUCAAAUACGAGUGGAUAUCGGUGUGUCUGUGAGGAGCAGUAUGCCUGGCCCCAUGACAGCUGUAUCACUUAUGGAGCCUGUGAUAGUUUCAAUGAAGGCACCUGUGGCUGUAUUAAGGAUUUACCAAGAGACAGACAGUUCUGCCAGAGAGAUGUAAACGAAUGCAACUUUGAUCCAUGUGGUCUGAACUCCACCUGCUUAAACACCAUUGGCAGCUACAACUGCUCUUGCUGGAGAGGAUACACCCCAACAAACACAUCUCUGCCCAUUGACACCAGCAAUCCAUGCAUAGAUAUAAAUGAAUGUGACUUUGAUCAAUGUGGUCUAAACUCCAACUGCUCCAACUUUGUUGGCGGCUACAACUGCUCUUGCUGGAGAGGAUACACACCAACCAACUCAUCACUGCCUAUUAGUAGCAGCAACCCAUGCAUAGGUCCUACAGAAGUGUACAUGUACAAGCUUGAGCUUGUGAUGAGAACAGUAGAUGCAGACCAACUAAAAAUGGAGUUGUCUGAACUUGACCUUCCUGUCCCACUCGCAACAAGUGAAGAAGUUGAGAUCACUGACAUCAAUGUCACAACAGUGUGUUACUCAAACACAAGUGGAUAUCGGUGUGUCUGUGAGGAGCAGUAUGCCUGGCCCCAUGACAGCUGCAUCGCUUACGGAGCCUGUGAUGAGUUCAAUGAGGGCACUUGUGGAUGUCUUAAUGGUUUACCGACAAACGGACCGUUCUGUCAGAGAGAUGUAAACGAAUGUGACUCUGAUCCAUGUGGUCUGAACUCCACUUGUGCCAACACCAUUGGCAGCUACAACUGCUCUUGCUGGAGAGGAUACACCCCUACAGACACAUCUUUGCCUAUUAACACCAGCAAUCCAUGCAUAGAUAUAAAUGAAUGUGACUUUGGUAGAUGUGGUCCAAACUCCAACUGCUCCAACAUCAUUGGCAGCUACAACUGCUCUUGCUGGGAAGGAUACACUCCACCAAACUCAUCUCUGCCUAUUAGCAGCAACAACCAAUGCACUGGUCCUGCAGAAGUGUACACAUUUGAGUUUGAUAUUGUGGUGAGAACAGUAGAUGCUGACCAACUAAAGAUGGAGUUGUCUGCACUUGACCUUCCUGUCUCACUCACAACAAGCGAACAAAUUGAGAUCACUGACAUUAAUGUCACAACAGUGUGCUACUCAAACACGAGUGGAUAUCGCUGUGUCUGUGAGGAGCAGUAUGCCUGGCCCUAUGACAGCUGUAUCACUUAUGGAGCCUGUGAUGAGUUCAGUGUAGGCACCUGUGGCUGUAUUGAUGGAUUACCAACAAAUGGACCGUUCUGUCAGAGAGAUGUAAACGAAUGCAACUUUGAUCCAUGUGGUCUGAACUCCACCUGUGCCAACACCAUUGGUAGCUACAACUGCUCUUGCUGGAGAGGAUACACUCCAACAAACACAUCUCUGCCCAUUAACAUCAGCAAUCCAUGCAUAGAUAUAAAUGAAUGUGACUUUGAUCAAUGUGGUCCAAACUCCAACUGCUCCAACAUCAUUGGCAACUACAACUGCUCUUGCUGGGAAGGAUACUCUCAAACAAACUUAUCUCUGCCUAUUAGCAGCAGCAACCCAUGCAUAGGUCCUCCUCAACUGUACAAAUACAAGUUCAAUAUUGUGAUGAGAACAGUAGAUGCUGAGCAACUAAAGACAGAGUUGUCUGACCUUGACCUGCCUGUCCCACUCUCAACAAGUGAACAAGUUGAGAUCACUGAAAUCAACGUCACAACAGUGUGUUACUCAAACACGAGUGGAUAUCGCUGUGUCUGUGAGGAGCAGUAUGCCUGGCCCUAUGACAGCUGUAUCACUUACGGAGCCUGUGAUGAGUUCAAUGAGGGCACUUGUGGAUGUCUUAAUGGUUUACCGACAAACGGACCGUUCUGUCAGAGAGAUGUAAACGAAUGCGACCUUGAUCCAUGCGGUCUGAACUCCACCUGCUUCAACACCAUUGGCAGCUACAACUGCUCUUGCUGGAGAGGAUACACCCCAACCAACUCAUCUUUUCCUAUUAGCACCAGAAAUCCAUGCAUAGAUAUAAAUGAAUGUGACUUUGGUAGAUGUGGUCCAAACUCCAACUGCUCCAACAUCAUUGGCAGCUACAACUGCUCUUGCUGGGAAGGAUACAAUCCAACAAACUCAUCUCUGCCUAUUAGCAGCAGCAACCCAUGCAUAGGUCCUAUAGAAGUGUACACAUUUGAGUUUGAUAUUGUGGUGAGAACAGUAGAUGCUGACCAACUAAAAAUGGAGUUGUCUGACCUUGACCUGCCUGUCCCACUCUCAACGAGUGAACAAAUUGAGAUCACUGACAUCAACGUCACAACAGUGUGUUACUCAAACACGAGUGGAUAUCGCUGUGUCUGUGAGGAGCAGUAUGCCUGGCCCUAUGACAGCUGUAUCACUUAUGGAGCCUGUGAUGAGUUCAAUGAAGGCACCUGUGGAUGUAUUGAUGGUUUACCGACAAAUGGACCGUUCUGUCAGAGAGAUGUAAACGAAUGCGACUCUGAUCCAUGCGGUCUUAACUCCACCUGCUUCAACACCAUUGGCAGCUACAACUGCUCUUGCUGGAGAGGAUACACCCCAACCAACUCAUCUUUUCCUAUUAGCACCAGAAAUCCAUGCAUAGAUAUAAAUGAAUGUGACUUUGGUAGAUGUGGUCCAAACUCCAACUGCUCCAACAUCAUUGGCAGCUACAACUGCUCUUGCUGGGAAGGAUACAAUCCAACAAACUCAUCUCUGCCUAUUAGCAGCAGCAACCCAUGCAUAGGUCCUAUAGAAGUGUACACAUUUGAGUAUGAUAUUGUGGUGAGAACAGUAGAUGCUGACCAACUAAAGAUGGAGCUGUCUGACCUUGACCUGCCUGUCCCUCUCUCAACGAGUGAACAAAUUGAGAUCACUGACAUCAACGUAACAACAGUGUGCUACUCAAACACGAGUGGAUAUCGCUGUGUCUGUGAGGAGCAGUAUGCCUGGCCCUAUGACAGCUGUAUCACUUACGGAGCCUGUGAUGAGUUCAAUGAGGGCACCUGUGGAUGUCUUAAUGGUUUACCGACAAACGGACCGUUCUGUCAGAGAGAUGUAAACGAAUGCGACCUUGAUCCAUGUGGUCUGAACUCCACCUGCUUCAACACCAUUGGCAGCUUCAACUGCUCUUGCUGGAGAGGAUACACCCCAACAAACACAUCUUUGCCCAUUAACAUCAACAAUCCAUGCAUAGAUAUAAAUGAAUGUGACUUUGGUAGAUGUGGUCCAAACUCCAACUGCUCCAACAUCAUUGGCAGCUACAACUGCUCUUGCUGGGAAGGAUACACUCCAACAAACUCAUCACUGCCUGUUAGCAGCAGCAACCCAUGCAUAGGUCCUAUAGAGGUGUACACAUUUGAGUAUGAUAUUGUGGUGAGAACAGUAGAUGCUGACCAACUAAAGAUGGAGUUGUCUGACCUUGACCUGCCUGUCCCUCUCUCAACGAGUGAACAAAUUGAGAUCACUGACAUCAACGUAACAACAGUGUGCUUCUCAAACACGAGUGGAUAUCGCUGUGUCUGUGAGGAGCAGUAUGCCUGGCCCUAUGACAGCUGUAACACUUACGGAGCCUGUGAUAAGUUCAGUGAAGGCACCUGUGGAUGUCUUAAUGGUUUACCGACAAACGGACCGUUCUGUCAGAGAGAUGUAAAUGAAUGUGACUUUGAUCCUUGUGGUCUGAACUCAACCUGUGCCAAUACCAUUGGCAGCUACAACUGUUCUUGCAGGAGUGGAUACACCCCAGCCAACUCAUCAUCACCUAUUAGUAAAAGCAACCCAUGUAUAGUUAUACUACAUUCAACAACCCCAUUUCCGUCAACAAUGGUAUCAACUGUGCCAACUGUGACAGAACAAACACCCCUGCCAACCCAAACAACACUGCCUACUUCAAAACCACCGACAACACUAAUACCAACACCGCCACCAACAACAAAAGUAACAGAACCACCACCAACAACUCCAACAACACCACCACCACCACCAACAACACCAACAACACCACCAAAAACACCACCACCACCAACAACACCACCACCACCACCAACAACAACAACACCACCACCACCACCACCAACAACAGCACCACCAGCACCACCACCAACAGUUUCUACCAUCAGUUUCUCUCUGACAUUGAACGAAGACUGGGAUUUUCGCCUAAAUAAUCCAGCAUCUGUGAAAUACACGACAUAUGAAAAUGAUAUCAAAUCUGCAGUAAACACCAACUUUGCCGAAUUAACAGCAUACAAACCCAAUUCAGCAGCCGUCACACGUUUCAGACCAGGCAGUGUGAUUGCAGACAUCUCCCUUGAGGUGACCGAUUCAAACGUCAAUUUUCUGGAUGUAAGCAAAGGCAUAAUAGAUGAGCUUAGGGCAAAAGAUUAUAAAGUGGCUGAUGACGCCUUCACAGUAAGCGAAGAAACAAAUUUGAGGAAGGGCAGUGGCCGACUUUUUCCUGAGCAAGACAUGCCAUUACAAUGCAAUGGAAGUGUAACUGAAUGGAAAUUUAAUGGGCAGCGAAUUGAUGACUCAUCAGGCAAAAUAGAUCUCACCAUUAAAAACAUCUCCCCUUCUGACAAUGGUCGAUAUGAGUGUGUAUCAACCAAAAACUCUCUGCUUUAUAUUCGUUGGGAAAACAUUGAUGCGAUACAACAAUUCCCAAUCGUUCAGACAAGCGAAGAUAAAAACAUUCAGUGUGAAAAUGGAGGCCAAGUGACCGCACUGUGUUGCUCAAGCUCAGGUUAUACCGUUGAGAUGGUGACGGAGGAUGACAAUGGUUAUCUCAACGAGCAAGGGGUAUCUGAAUGCACGUAUUCAUACAGUUUACAGAACUGUACAACUGUUCCAGGAGAAGCUAAACUCACCUGCACAGUUAAACACCCUGAAGACCCUGACAUUGUUUACGAUAGAAAACCUGUAACGUUAACUUUUCGAGCUGAACAGUAUGACUGUGAUGAUGAACAGUUUGGAGGUGGAGACGCUAAUGCCACGGUAGUAGGGAGCUGUGAUGCAGAUGAAGUUGGUACAGUUACAGCUGUAUGCAAUGGGGCUACACGUGAUUGGGAAGAACAAGACAACAAUUGUGUUUUGGUUGUGAUCAAAGAGCUAGAAGAAGAAUCUCUGACUCUGACUGCAGUAACCCUACCUAAUUUUGUGGAACGAUUAAGUGACGUCACAUCUCAAAAUGAAGAUCGGAUAGCCAACUCAACAGCAAAUAUUGCGAGCAUCGUAACUAUCCUGAACAAUGUUGCAAACACUACACAGGACUUUACAAUCAAUGGAGACGUCAUAGGGAAUUUCAUCAACGUCUCAAGCGUCAUUGUGUCCAAUUCAACUUUUGAAACCUGGGAUGAAUUAAAUGAUGUCAACAAAACAACAAGGAAUGUCAGUGCAUCUUUCCUGGGCUCUGUUGAAGUAAUUGUGAGAUCCCUGCAAGAGGACACAUCUUUUGAAACAGGAACAGACAUUAUUCAGCUACGUCAAGAUUUUGUCAACAGCUCAUACAGUGAGACACUUGGAACAAAUUCGUCUACUGCCAUCGUCAUCCCAGAGGAGGGGAACUUCACGAUUACAACCAUCAUAUUCUCUACCCUAAAUAAUGUCCUACCAGCCAGGAAUACUAGUGACAACGAUAGCAGUUUAUCCAACGUCAUCAAUGGAGCGGUUGUUCUAGUGCAAGUAAAUGAUACCAUAAACAACAUCUCACUAAGCUUUGACCUCAUAAAUGAAACACUAGGAAAUCCUCAGUGUGUCUUUUGGAACUUUGAGCUUUUUGAUGGACUUGGUGGAUGGGAUUCAUUUGGAUGUGAGCUUAUAUCAUUUGAAAAUAACACUGUCACUUGCGAAUGCAACCACACAACUUCCUUCUCAAUUCUAAUGUCACCAUCCAUUCCUCCUGGCAUAAAAUUGCUGCUGGAUUUCAUCACCUACAUCGGUGUGGGUAUAUCCCUUGCCAGCUUGAUCAUAUGUCUUAUCAUUGAAGGAAUCAUAUGGAAGGAAAUGACCAGAAAUGACACAUCUUAUAUGCGGCAUGUCAGUAUAGUAAAUAUUGCUGUGUCACUUCUGAUCGCUGAUAUCUGGUUCAUUGUAGGGGCAGCUAUAUCAGACUCUGACUCAGUAGCUGUUGGACCAUGUACAGCAGCAACCUUUUUCAUCCAUUUCUUUUACCUAGCGAUGUUCUUCUGGAUGUUGGUGUCUGCUCUUCUGCUGUUUUAUCGCACGGUCAUGGUUCUCUCACAGAUGAAGAGGUCAACAAUGCUGGCAAUUGGUUUCUGCCUUGGCUAUGGUUCACCCCUCAUAAUCGCCGUGGUAACUGUUGCAGCAACUGCUGGAGGUGGAGGUUAUAUCCGAGAGAACAAUGUCUGCUGGCUCAACUGGGAUGAGACUAAAGCACUUCUGGCUUUUGUGAUUCCAGCGCUGACCAUUGUGGCCAUAAACCUUCUAGUGAUGAUUGUUGUCCUCUUCAAAAUGUUGAGAAGGGGCGUUGGAAACACGACGCAGGACAAACAUGCCCUAAUGGUCAUAGCGAGAUGUGUCGCCAUCUUAACCCCCCUCUUCGGCAUUACCUGGGGAUUUGGCAUUGGCAUCAUGGUUGCACCCGACGCCAUAGGACUCCACGUUGUUUUUGCAGUUUUAAAUUCAUUGCAGGGUCUUUUCAUUUUAGUGUUUGGAACACUACUGGAUAGCAAGAUAAGGGAGGCCUUAGCAGGAAGACUAAAAGGCCUUGGCUCUGGCUCGGGUGGCACGGGCGGCACAGGGAGUACAAGUGCUGGGACAUCAUCGAACAUAUUCAAUGUCUUCAGACCAAAUCGAAGAAGAAUGCACAAUAUCUCAGAAGGAAAUGCUACCACCUCAGCAUAUGGAACGUCAGGCUCUUACAGCGCUGUUGACUCCUCUGGGAACACUUAAUGAAGACCUUAAAACCAUGGUGUGGACUACGGGAGCCAGAGGGGGCUUGAUAAGACAUUGGAAAUUGUGGUUGUCUCUUAAAAUGUUAUUUAUGUGCUAUUUGCCAUGUGUUUCUAGCAGGUACUGAAAACAGAAUGAUUUUUAUUUUGGUUCGUUCUGAGCAAAAACAUUGUUUUUCUGUUCCUGUUCCAGUGUCGCAAGGCCUCUCCUCUAAAUGGUAACCAGUUAGAAAGUUAUAGAAACACGGUUAAUAAUGUUCCUUUAAAAAUGACUUUGCCUUUACACAUUAGAUAUCAAGGCUAACUGUUAAAAACACUGUGCCUGAAUUCAGGCAUUAGUUGAGAUUUGAGUAAUUAGCCUAUAUAAUAUCAGAUCUUCAGAAAUGUCUUCUAGCCUAACUUCAGUCACAGAAAAUGUCCUUGCAUGGUGCCACUAACUGGGCCUAGAUAUUCUCCUCACCCUCUGGUAGCUUAUGUUGUUUCACAGAGUGUUUCAGUAAUUUAGGCUAUAUAUUUGGAAAAGGCAGGAAGAUAGUGUUGGAAAUCAAUAUUCUUGUUGUUGCUUUCCUAUGGCAAUCAGCAUAAGACAUGACAAAUAAAAAACAAGGAAGUUUACUAACAAAAUCUAUUUUAACAAAAAUAUUGCAAAUAAGCAAUUCUGAAGAGCAACAAGACAGUUUCAUUAAAGCUGCUAACUUCUGAUCAACGAGCAGCUAACGGACACUUUCUUGGGAAGCACUUUAUUUUGUCCAGUAUACAGUACUUGUGUCUCCAUUCAGGUAAUGGGUGUUUCAUUUUUAUUGUCAUUCCCUAUUAGGGUUACACAGUCUGUACAUUUAGAUCUCCAUCUCCUUCUAUAGGGCUCUAUGAUGAUGAUGAUGAUGAUGAUGAUGAUGCCACUGGUCCAUCUGUCUGGACAGCUUUGUUGAAAUACAGGCUUUCGCCAAACUUUCUAAACUGUUAAAACCUACCAUAACCAAAGAUACAUGGUUUGGUCAGAAUAAUAGUGUCCUCACCUUGAAGAUGUAUCCAACAUAGAGACGGUUAUGCUAUAAUAUGCUGUAUGCUAUAUUACUGUAUCUGGCUAAAUGCAAAUGGUUUCUGGCUAGAUAGUGCAGUGUUCUUUUUGCAAGAACUAUCAACUAUGUUACAGUCAAAGGUUACGGCUUUCUAUAGAAGCCGUUUGACCUUCACAUCUACUGCCAAACACAUCAUUUGUUUUAUUGAUCAUAUUUCCUUUGUUUGAUUAUGGAGAUGUGAUCUCUCAAUCAGCAUGCAAAGGAACUGCUAAAGCUUGAUUCUCUACUAUCCUGCUAUUCAAUUUUCAACAAAUACCCUAUUAACACAUCACUGUCAUGUGCACUCUUAAAUUGCUCCUCUUUGCACACUCAUCUGAAGAUCUAGUGGUUUACACUUUUAAACAAGGGCUUACUGACACUUUUAAUGAAACAUGAUACUGUAGGUAUUUAACCUGAUUAGCUACAUUUCCCCUUCUCCAUUACCCUUCCCCCUUGAACUGUCAAGGUUUGCACUGGCUAGGCUGUCAAUGUAAAUACAAAAACGUUUUGCCUGUUUAAAUGAAGGUGUAAUUGAAUAAA